AUGAUCGAGGUCUCCCUUCUGUUUCCCGGCCAUCCUUCAAAACAACUCCCACUCCAAGGACUUUUGAAAGAUAAUUUUUCUUCAGGCCCCCAUGAGGAUAUCUACGUCGGAGCAACUUUUGAGGAUCUGUGUUUCGAAUGUAUUCCAGAAAAGGACUCUCUCGAAGCUGGAUUCGAAUUAAAUUUACCUACUCCUAAUCCAACCUCAAAAAAAUCCUAUACCGUCUCGAAUUUCGUAAAACCUGAGCCCGAUUUGGAUCUGCCUGCCUCUAUCUUCUUGCCGGAAAGACACUCUUUUGCCGCACAAGAUUUCAUAGACUCCGACGAGCCUGAAGAACCUCGGAUAGCUUUCCCUCGAAUGCAAUGGAAUUUCCUUCUCUAA